UUAAACAGUACUUUUUCCGUCCUUUUAAACUUAUGUGGAAUUUCUACCUCUUCUCUCCCAAUUUUCCAUUUUAGGUCUCGGAGUCUUCGCUUUCUUUAAUGCCUGCUCUCUUCUACUCUUAGUAGAAACUGCAGACAGAAAGUAGCGAAAAGAAGGUGGGCAUUUGGGGAAGGUUCACCUUACAUCAGAAUUAUUCUAAUUUCUAGUUUUGUAUGCUUCGAGUUUUGAAAAGAAGCCUCACAUCUUCUAGAUUAGCCGUUUACUUACUCAUUCAGUGAGGUUGGGAAAAGAAUAAAAAACCUCUAGGAUAUUAGUAUCUUGUCAGAUCAGCUGAUAAAUGCUGGUAACUCUGAGACGGCUCCUGAAUGUUAUCCUUCUGAUCACCAUGAGAGGAGAAUUCUGGUCACGUUAUUAGCAUCUUAUCAUGCAAGCAGAUGUGUUUUGAAGAGAAGCUGGGGAGUUCAAGUUCUGCAAGUACACCACUAGAGUUUGUAGAAAACUUGGGAUAUUGAGGUGGAAAGGAGAUCUGUCUCUUUCCAUAUGGUGGAUACAAACAAGGAUGGUUAAGCAUGGGAGUCAUAAAUGUCCAGAUGGUUAAGUUGUACAGGAUGCUUUGAUUCAAUAAGAAAAAAAGGAAAACCCAUCUCCAGACCAGAUACUGCCUCCACAUUCAGCACGUGCUUAUCUUGAUACUUGUUGGAGGUAUCUCCAGUGUUUUGAUGUGUGUAUGCAAUUAUAAAUAGAGAUGUAUUCAGGUAUUACAUAGAGUUGUGCAUUCAAAGUAUCACACCAUUUUAGCGAUUGCUAAUUUUGCACAAAGGUUGAUCCUAGAACAUGGACAACAAGGCCUCCAGUGUUCUUGGAGCUUUACAUGUGGUUCCGCAGCUAUUCCCAUCUCUUGGACCUACUCUUCUGAUUGCUGUGGGGUAUAUCGACCCUGGAAAGUGGGCUGCCACUGUUGAUGGGGGCGCUCGUUUUGGAUUCGAUCUUGUGUUACUGGUACUUGCUUUCAAUUGCAGUGCUAUUCUGUGCCAGUAUCUUGCAGCUCGUGUUGGGGUGGUCACUGGAAAGAAUCUAGCGCAGAUAUGCAGAGAGGAAUAUGACAGGCUCACAUGCAUAAUAUUGGGCGUUCAAGCGGAGCUGUCAGCAAUUGUUUUGGAACUGACCAUGAUUCUUGGCAUUGCACAUGGGCUUAAUCUUCUUUUUGGGCUGGACCUGUUCACAUGUGUCUUUUUGACUGCAAUCGAUGCAUUUCUAUUUCCAAUCUUUAUCACCCUCUUGGACAAUUGCAAGACAGGCAUACUGUUUUUGAGCAUUUCAGGCUUUGCAUUGCUUUUUUAUGUGUUUGGAAUACUUACCAGUCAACCAGAAAUCCCAUUUUUCAUGAAUGGGAUAUUUCCGAGGUUGAGAGGGGAAAGUGCAUACUCACUCAUGAGUCUGCUUGGUGCAAGUAUUGUGCCUCACAACUUUUACCUCCACUCUUCUAUUGUACAGCAGCAACAGAAACCACCAAAUGUUUCGAUGGGUGCCUUGUGUCAUGAUCAUUUUUUCGUCAUCCUAUUUAUUUUUAGUGGCGUUUUUCUGGUGAAUUGUGUGUUGAUGCUCUCAGCGGCGACCAUCUUCCACAGUGCUGGCCUUGCUGUGCUUACUUUUCAGGAUUCCCUUUUGCUAAUGGACCAGAUAUUUCAGAGUCCUAUAGCACCUUUUGCCCUUUUCCUGGUCCUGUUCUUUUCCAGUCAGGUCACAGCGUUAACUUGGAAUCUUGGUGGGCAAGUGGUCCUGCAUGAUUUCUUUGGCAUCGACCCACCUGUUUGGAUACACCGUGUUACAGUCAAAGCUCUUGCCAUCACACCAGCUCUCUAUUGUGCAUAUAAUUCAGGGGCUGAAGGAAUCUAUCAACUGCUUAUUUUCUCUCAAAUUUUUUUGGCCAUGAUGCUCCCAUCUUCUGUGAUUCCCCUUUUCCGAGUGGCCUCAUCAAGAUCGAUAAUGGGUGCUUUCAAAAUCUCUCGGGUAAUGGAAAUUUUAGCUUUAUCUGUCUUUCUCGGGAUGCUUGCAUUAAACAUUAUCUUCAUCAUAGAGAUGUUAUUUGGAGAUAGCGAAUGGAUUAUUAAUUUGACGUGGGACGUGGGGAGCAGCAUGACAUUCCAUUAUAUUCUUGUUCUUCUUACUGCUUUUGCAUCAUUUGUUUUGAUGCUGUGGCUGGCAGCCACACCAUUAAAGUCUGCUAGUGACAGACCAGAGUUCCAGACAUGGAACUUGGAUAUAUGGAAGGCUCUGCCUGAGCCGUCUGAGUAUAGAGAGGAAAAUGAGCAAUUACUGAGUUCUGCUGUGAGACAUGAUGGAAAUGCAGAGCAUAUGUAUGAAGAAGCCACCUUGGAGAAAUCGGUGGUCAGUCAUUCAGAUAAUUCUGUUGUUGAAUUCGAUCACGGUCUGCCUGAAACGAUCUUGGAAUGUAAUCCCGAGCCUCUCCAAUCUGCUGUUGGGGAAAAUUAUACUAUGGGGAGUGCCUCCCCGACAUCUCUUACGGAAGAAUCAACAUCUGCUGUCGAACGGGCUCUGGAUGCGACCGUAGAUGAGGUUUCUGCUGGUGGCUCAUUGGAUGUGGCAAGUACUGUGCAGAUAGUUGAAUCCAAAGACCCUGUUGGAAAGACUGGGGGAGUAGAUGGAGAUGUGCAGGCUGCUGGAAAGGAUGAUGAUGAGGCGGAUGUUUGGGAACUUGAAGAAUCGCCUGCAGGAAUUUCUGGGAGUGCGCUGACUUCCAUGAGCGAGGGCCCGGGAUCUUUUAGGAGUUUUGGCGGGAAGAAUGAUGAUGGGGGCAAUGGCAGCGGAAGCCUUUCAAAAUUAUCUGGAUUGGGUCGGGCAGCAAGACGUCAAUUAGCUCUCAUUCUUGAUGAAUUUUGGGGGCAACUGUAUGACUUCCAUGGGUUGGUAACUCAAGAGGCAAGGGCAAAAAGAAUGGAUGCGUUGUUGGGAUCGGAAUCAAAGCCCACUUCUGUAAAAACAGACACUACAGGAAUGGAAUAUGCUGCAAAGUAUAUCUCGGAAGCAGAUGUAAGGUCCGUGUUUCCUGACAGAUUAAGGGAUUGCGACUCUCCCAGGCAACAGAGGAUGCCAAGCAGUCUAGAGUCAUCUUAUGGGGUUCAAAUGGGUUCCCAGUCUUGGUCUUCCUAUAAUCAACUAUCGGAUGCAUAUGCACAAAGCUCCACCAACAAUUUGCUUGAUGCCAGUGAAAGACGCUAUUCUAGCUUGCGGCUUCCAUCGUAUUCUGAGGAUCGAGAUCAUCAGCCGGCCACAAUACAUGGUUAUCAGAUUGCUUCAUAUCUAAAUCGAAUUGCUGCCAACAGAAAUGCAGGCUCGUUGAACAUCCCAUUUGAUCCUACAACUCCUAAAUCUACUUUGCUACUUCCAAACUACAGAGAUCCUCGUUUGGGGUACAAUGCACUCAGUUCAUUACAGACAUCAAGUCUGCAAAAUCCUUCGACUUCCAUUAGUAGCAGAUUACAGGCAGAAAUGCCUUACUAUGAUUCUUCUUUGGCUGGAGCCAGUGGGGAUGUUGGAUCUUCAGCAUAUCCAAAGAAAUAUCAUAGCUUGCCAGACAUUUCAGGGCUUGUGGUUCCUAAUAGGAAUUCGUCCUCAAUAGCCAGAAAUGCUCAAUGGACCAGUCCUAUUGGCCCUGGGUCAUCUGUGGGUAGAGUGCCAUAUGAACGAUCAUUGUAUUCGACAACAGCAUCCAGGGCUGAAGUUCCUCUGGCAUUUGACGAGCUUUCUCCAUCGAAACUCUACAAAGAUCCCUUCUCCCUGCCAGCGAGUUCAACUUUGAACACCAAAUCUCUGUGGGCUAGACAACCGUUCGAGCAGUUAUUUGGCAUUGCGGGUAAGCCUCAGAGUGGGACUCAUGAUGGAGUUAUGCAAGAAACCAUUUCUCCUCCAGAUUCAGAGACCAAGUUGCUACAGUCCUUCAGAUAUUGUAUCAUGAGGCUCUUGAAAUUGGAUGGAUCGGAUUGGUUGUUCCGACAGAAUGGUGGGUUUGAUGAGGAGCUGAUUGAUUGGGUGGCUGCGAGGGAGUUAUAUGAAGCAGAAGCCAGAGAGGCCAAUUGGAAGUUCGGUUCGAGCAAUGAUGAAGGUGGUCUUGCCAGGUUGUUGGUUUCUUCGUUGCCACAUUGUGGAGAGAGCUGCAUAUGGAGGGUUAGUCUGAUAGUUAGCUUUGGCGUGUGGUGUAUUCACCGGAUUUUGGAGCUGUCGGUUAUGGAGAGUCGGCCAGAGCUCUGGGGCAAAUAUACUUAUGUUCUCAACCGCCUUCAGGGAAUCCUCGAGCCUGCAUUUUUCAAGCCCCGUCCUCUCAUAUCACCCUGCUCAUGUCUCCAAAUACCAACAACACAUGCGAAAAGAUCAGGCCCUCCACUCCCGAACGGGCUCUCACCUGUCCCUGGGAGGCCAGGUAGGUUGCAGCCCACGAGUGCAAGCACACUUCUCGACCUUAUGAAGGAUGUUGAGGCUGCAGUUUCUGGCCGCAAGGGACGUACAGGCACUCCAGCAGGUGACGUUGCCUUCCCCAAAGGGAAAGAGAACCUGGCCUCAGUCCUGAAGCGCUACAAGCGUCGUCUCUCGAACAAGUCAGUCGGGAUACAUGAAGGCGGUCCUUCUGGUUCCCGGAAGGUUCCUGUGCCUGUUGUCUCUUUUGCGUUGUAGCUCCCGAGGCAAAUUGAUUAUGGUCAUCGGUUUUCUACUCUCUCCCUCUCUCUCUCUAUAUAUAUAGAUAUUUUGCUGCAAAUUCCAUUUCCAUGUGUUAUAUAUAGAUCAUAAGGUUAAUGGAAUUGAGAUUGCAGCACAAGGGGAAACGAAAAAGUGAAAGAAAUGGAGGUGGAAAGGUUGUGUGUUUUUUAAAGUCAUUUUCAUUUUGAAAUGGUGAGUUGUGGGGAAUGCUUACAGUAAGAUGGAGAAAUACAUAAAGUUACCUCAAAUCAUGUUAGAAAUGUUUGUGGGUUUUUUUUU